CCAUCUGAAAUGAUGCCAUUGGGCUAUCACAUCGAUGGCUUGCCAGAAUCAUCGGGAGCACAUGCUGAAACCGAUUACGGUCAUACCGCUGAAGAAGCAGCAGAAACUGAUCGAAUCAUCAAAGACGGCAAGGAAGAAACCCUAGAUGGCGAACUGGGAGAUUUUUUGGCGGUUGAUGCUGAAUCAUCCGAUAAUGGUGACGAAGAUAACGAAAUGCUAGACGAGGUAUUAUGGCAUGAUACUUAA